AACAGGAAAACAAGAAACAACUGUGUGCACUGUUUAGGUUUUUUAAUUGAUUUUUAUUUAGUUCACAAUUUGUUUUCCACGAUGCCGAAACGAGCGCUUAGAUGUGUUGUUAAUUUAAAGAUUCAUGCAGUGUCUGCACCAGGGGUAUGGCUGCCCAGCAAGGAACAGGUCUAUUUGAGUGUGUACAUGCUUGGACAGUACAGAAGUACACAUCUCAUGUCAUCAAUUUUCCCCUUGCUUGUGGAUGAAAAGUUUAAAUUUGAGAAGACAUUUUACACGGCUAUGGACCCAUCCGAUGUAGCAGAUUACAUGGAAGAUGAGCUUGUCGUCUUUGAGCUGGUCCAGCUAUCUGAAUACACCGAUGGAGGCGUGCGAUUGGCUACAUUCUCAACCAACCUGAGAGACUUUCUCUAUCCCUAUCCCUCGCUGGCACCAACCUACACCUCAACGUCAAGAGAAAUGCUUCUGUCUCGCACCGUGGCCUUUCCUGGCAUCGCACCCAAGCUUGAGUUUUCAACGUCAACUGUCAUUAAGGAAUCGUAUUCUCCUGAACUGGAUGCCCUAGAUGAGGCUUUAGAAGAGGAAAGGAGACUGCGGCGGUUACGGUUAAAACAUGUUUGCAGUCCUAAAAGAGGAAGGCUGUACACUGACUGCAGCUGUUUACUAACGUUAACAGAGGGGUACAGAGAACCUACCAUAGCUUCUAUUUCUCGUUCUAGGUCAGCAUCUCUCAGCAAACGAUUCGAAGAUAUCGACCUCACCGAUUCUAUCACUCGACCACCAUUUGUGGUCAGGAAGCUUGAUAAAGAUCUGAUUGGUCGGAUUCCCGGUGGUCCUGCAGAAAAGAAUGCCCGCAUGAAGAAGAGGAGGAGUUACAGCCUCAGCCGAUCACCCAGUCGGACCAGUCUAGCCAACUUUUGUGAGUAUGUAGCUAAAUCUCCCGACAAAAGCUGUAUGGUUUGUGAGGCCUAUGAGCGCCACAUGGGACGGCCAUACUGGGGUCACGGCCGUAACUUCCAUCCGACGGGUCUCUAUUGUGAGGAGUGCUGGGUUUACCGGGAUCCAUAUGAUGACCCACUGCCAGUUUACCGCUCAAAAUAUCUACUGGAUGAUGAUGAUGAUGACGCAGAGGUUGCAGAACUGACAUCUCAGCGUCGACGUAAUGACAUCAUGCCAGUGCGACCGCGAUCGGUGAGCCCGUUCCUGUACCGGUCUAGCUACAGUAGCCGAUUCAACCGUCCGAGCUCACCCUACACUUCUUACUCUCCGUCUACCUCAUCGCUCACCAAACACCGGUCCAUGGAGAGGCUGGACAGACUCUCGCCAGUCGACGUCACACCAUUCCUGCCAAGACGUUCUCCGUACAGCUAUACCCGUGACUCGUUAGACGACCUGGAGAGGGAGACAGUGCUAGCACGGUCGCGGAGCGAAGUCCAUAUUAACAAUGACAAAUAUUGGACCGAAGAUGCUGCCCAGCUCAGUGGAAAGUCUCAUAGAAUGGUGUUUAUUGAUAACCUUAGUCAAAUAUAUAGUAACCUGUACGACAGUGCUUCAAGUUCAUCUUAAAUAUCUACGAUGUUUGAUGUACAGUGCAUGUGUAGUGCAUGUGGCUGAUAGCAUUUGUUUUCCUGUGAUCAAAGGGUAACUGUAAUCAUUGGUUAUAUUUAGAAACAAAUAUACGCAUUUUAUCAAGCAGAAAGUUAAUUAUGAUAACUCAUUUAUACAUUCACACUUUGUUGAACAUUGUAAUUUUAAUUAUAUAUGGGGCCUUUUUAUCUAUUUAUCAAAUUAAUCAAAUAAUUUUUUUUUUUUUUUUCCAUAAGGCAUUUAUUUCGUGGUCACGCAUAAUACCACAAAGAAGUUAUUAAUAUGUAGUAAAGAUUUUUUUUUUUUUUUCAAUACUUUUUCUAUCAAAUAUCACUUUUACAUUAAUUUGUCUGAAGAUGGUGUUAUCUUUUCUUUUUCAAAUGUAUAUGUCUGACUAAUGUAACAACACAUCUUAUCAGAACAAUGAAAACCCACAACAGUUUGGAUUAUCAUUUUACAGUGCUUUCACUCACUGUAAAUCUACACAGUACACAUCGGUCCCUGAUUUUAUUGCACUUCAACAUUUCCGAGUUCUUUGUUUCUUUGUCAUCAAUCAGUAAAUGGUUUCUUUUUUCUAUUAUACAUAUAUAUUCUCAAAUUCUGACUUCUACAUAUAUUGCUUAAUUUAGUAAUUGAAUUAAAAUACAUGUAAUUCGUGAUUGUCUAGUUAAAAAUAUAUAUCCUACUGUCAUUGACAUAGCUUUAAUUGUGGCUGCAUUCCCUGCAGUUCACAUUUCAAAGAUGAUUUAGUGGUUUAUGCUUUGCAAGUCAAUGGUGACUUUUUAUAUAUAUAUACACAUGUAUAUACAUAUAUAUAUAGCCUUUAUCCUACACACAUUGUAUACAUGUAAGCGUAAAAAUUCUUUGUUGUUUUAAAAUGUUAAAUUGUAAUUGUUGUUAAAAUAUAGAAUUAUAUAUAAACUUAGCAGAUAUAUUGAAUUAUUUAUUCUUAUGCACCUUUGCAAAACAGUUAGUUACUAUAAUCAAAAGUGUGGUUAAAAUGUUCAUGGACAUUCAGUGAUUGUUAAUGUUUAUUUGUUGAAUUAAUGCAUUUAAAUGCUGUGUCCUUUAGAUAAAAUAGUUAUGUUGUUAUAUGUACAUAUCCAUACAUCUUCUUUAUAAAUGAAAGAUACAAAUGACCCUAAUAUCUUUACAAGAUGAUAAAAACCCUUAGUGUCCUUUCCCUUAAAUUUGGAUACAGAUCCAUUUGCUAAUUGUUUCACUUGCAAAUUAUUAUUUAUGAUUAUUAGUUGCAGUGUACAGGAAUUGUUAUACUGGUUAACCAUUUUUAUUUCUAGUUUUAUAAUACUGCUUUCAAAAAGAAACCUUCAAUAACAGACCAGCGAAAACAACUUCCAGUGGCUCAGGGUUACAACAUUCAUUCAUUCGGGACAGAUAAUCUGUAAAUCCUUGUAGCUCUUUAAUUAUUCUCUAUUACUGUAUCUGAUAACUGUAGAUAAACAAACUUUGUAAGUGAAAAUUAUUACCAAAUAUGAAGGAAAUCCAUCAUAGUCAUUUUGAACAGCAAUUAUCACGAAGAAUUAUAGACAUUCAUGUACAUGUAGGUCAAUAUAAAUGUUAUUAAAACAGUAAUUUACAUAAAUAUUUGUAAUAUACAUGUACUAAGGUGUAUUUUAAAACUGACUGGAUUUCAUGUAUUACAAAGUAUAACAUAAAUUAAAUUUAUUAUCUAGUGCAUAUGGUUGAUAAUAUCUUUGUCCCCCAGGUGCCAGUAAGACGUCAAACACUGUCGUCAUAUUGGAACAUGUAUGUUGUCUUGUUCCAUGCGGUAUAAUAAUUACACUGGGCCACAUUGUUUUAAACUGGAUGGUUGGUGACAAAUGGGAUACUAAAUUGAUAGAAGCUAUCCUGAGUUUGGUGAUUGUCAUUGUAACUUGCUUUUGACUAAGUUCAUCAUUGUGACUUGCUUUCGACUAAGUGAGGCAGUUUAACCACUCAAAUUGCAUAUUAAAAGUGAUUUUCCUGUCUGUGUAUUCAAUAAUCUUUUUAUCAUCCUAAUGUUUGCAGUAGCCCAGACUGAAUUUUAACUCCCCCAAAUUUCAUAUGAAAAACAAAAUGCUGAAGUACAAAAGAAACAAGUAUUUUAAUUUAUUACAUAGUCAUGAAAUAUAUAGAAACCAUAAAAGUGAUCUUUGGUGAAGUGUCAUAUUUUCACAGUACAGUAAAAAUAUAUAAAUUGGUUUUUUGGUUUGAUCAUUACAAAGCUUCAGGGCCCGUGCUCAUAGACUUUAAUAAAGUCCAGACUUUAACGUAAUGCUAUUUGAAUGGCGUUGCCAUGAUGUUAAAGUCUGGACUUGAUUAAAGUCUACACUUUAAGGUUUAUACGCACGGGGCCUGAUCAUAUUGGAACAAAACCUAAUGUGCUUUAAACAAUUGUACUUAUAAAAAAAUUGAUAUUAAGUGCAAUGAUGGUAAAAUAUCUAAAACUGAUUGUGUACAGGAGUUAGUUUGUUUUGUUUAAUGACACCACUAGAGCACAUUGAUUUAUUAAUCAUUGGCUAUUGGAUGUCAAACAUUUGGUAAUCAUGACAUAGUAUUAGAGAGGAAACUCGCUACAUUAUUGUUAAAAUGGGUCUAAGAUGUUCACAAGACAUUGAUAAUUUUAAUAGAUACAAAAACUAAUGGGAUUUAAAUCGAAUUAUAAUAUUUUAAUAAAUGUUUUGAAAUUAAAUUAAUAUGUGUGUUUCUUUUGUUGUUUAGUAUAUAUUAGGAAAUAAACUGAAGUUUAAACAACAAGAAACCGAAAGAUUAUACACCUUGAAUACACAUAUAUUGUUAUUCUGAAAAGAAAGAAAGAAAGAAAGAAGUAUUUAAUAAUAAUGUCAGUAAUUAACAGUAUGUUAGUUAGGAAUCUUUUACCAAUGAUAGCACAAUCGGAAUAGUCUUGUUAAUACUGAUUUCUAUCAAGCUUAUUAAAAUUAUUUUACUCUAUGUCAACUUGUUAAAAAAAUUAAAAUUGUUCAGUAUAUUAUGAAUUUAAUUUAGGGGCAGGACGUAACCCAGUGGUAAAGCGCUCUUAUGAUGUGCGGUCGA